AUGUACUUUACCAAACACUGCUUGUCAUGGUUUUGUGGAAGGAAGAACGUGAAGGACGAAGUGACGGGUGCGAAAAAGGCGCUGACGGUGGUCGGCCGACUGACACCUGAAGAUGCUCUAGACUACGCCAAGGUCAAGCUGGCGCUGUUCCAGCGAUUUCGUUACACUAAAGAAGGAUACCGCGAGAGGUUUCGCGACGCCAAACCCGAGGACGGCGAAACGAUGAGACAAUUUGCUGCUCGACUGGCAGGGUACUUUGAUAGAUGGCUCGAGAUAGCGGGAGUUGAGAAAACGUUUGAAUCACUGCGAGACAAUAUCCUAGUGGAACAAUUUCUGUUGACAUGCUCGAGCAAGCUGACGGUCUUCCUGAGAGAGCGCGACUGUCAGAGGUUGGAUGAUGUAACAGCUAAAGCUGACCUCUUCUUGGAGGCCCAGGUGCAGCAUAGCACGGGUAAGCAAAAGCGAGACGAGGCGACAAACAGGCAAGACGCUGGAAACGAAGAUAAACACGCAAGGGGUGGUCUCCGAAAGAGUAUCCGCUGCUUCCUUUGUGGGAAGAUUGGGCACAAGGCAGAAAACUGCAGAAGUAACGGCCAAGCUAUGAGGUCACUGACAUGUUGGGAUUGCGGCCGUAGUGGUCACAAGGCAGAGAACUGUAAGGGAAGGCAGAGCGAGAAACAUCAGGCGUCGUGCUUGUACACGGUGCCAACAGAUAAUUGCGAAAACGCCGACGAUUCCUACGUCACCCUGGAUAAUGGUGACAAGAUCCCGGUAGUGAAUGCGGUCAUGGGGAGAGCCCCGAAAUUUCUGUCGGAGAACAUGCCGGUAGUGGAAGGACGACUGGGAGAACACAAGAUGACGGUGUUAAGGGACACCGGCUGCAACACCGUGGUUGUUCGCAAAGAACUAGUCCCUCAAGAGAACCUAACUGGAAAGUCGAGUCUAGUGUUUUUAUUAGAUCGAACAGUUCGGUACCUGCCGGAGGCGGUUAUUGUGAUACGAACGCCCUACUACACGGGAAAGGUAACGGCGAAGUGCGUCAGUAACCCCCUAUACGACUUGAUACUGGGAAACAUACCGCAAAUGCGUGAGGCUAAUGACCCUGACCCAGAAUGGGAAAAGAACCAUGAAGACAAUCUCGGCGACUGCCUAGACAAGCCGAUGGAGAGAUACGAAACGUGUUUGAACGCCAUCGGAGUCAACGUGGGCUGUCGCAGGGCAAUGGAAGCAACCAAGAGCAUCGACGAGCUCCCAGAUGAGAAACCAGCCGUAGCUGCGUCCGCGAGCGAGGGGAGAGAAGCUGGAAGCCCAAUAGGAAAACUAGAACGCCCUCUGAAAGUCGCGCAGGUGUCAGUAACCGACACAACAGCCGAGGAACUCGGAAAGCAGCAGAAAGAGGACGCUACUCUUACGAAGUGUUUCAACGAUGUAGGAAAGACAACGAAGAAACACAAUUCCAGGACAAGGAUUCAGUUUUUGCUGAAGAACGACCUUCUAUACAGGAGCGUCCUAUACUCAUCCGGCAGAAGAUCAGAACAACUGGUUCUCCCAAAAAGGUUCAGGGCCGCUGCUGUAACUAUGGCACAUGACAGCGUUAUGUCCGGACACCAGGGGGCGAAGAACACCCUCAAUCUGGUGGCAGAAGAAUUUUUUUGGCCAUGCAUGCAAAGCGAAAUCAAAAGGUACGUUCGUUCGUGUGACGUGUGCCAACGCACCGUACCCAAAGGCAAGGUGGGCAAGGCCCCCUUAGGAAGCAUGCCAAUCAUCGAGACACCUUUUCAAAGAGUCGCGAUAGAUAUCAUCGGUCCUAUAGUGCCUAUCGCAAGCUCGGGGAAUAGGUAUAUUCUUACAAUGGUUGACAUGGCCACGAGGUAUCCUGACGCAGUAGCGUUGAAGAGCAUUGGGUCCCAGCAGGUAGCCGAGGCGUUGGUUCAGAUGUUCACGCGGUAUGGAGUACCGGCAGAGAUCCUUAGCGAUCGCGGCACCAACUUUACCUCUGAGCUAAUGAGAGAGGUGAGCCGGCUUCUAUCGAUGAAGCAACUCUUAACCACUCCCUAUCAUCCCAUCAGCAACGGCCUGGUCGAGAGGUUUAAUGGCACCAUCAAGCAGAUGCUAAGGAGGAUGUGCAAAGAAAGACCAAAGGAUUGGGAUAGAUAUCUCCCAGCUUUGCUUUUCGCCUACAGAGAGGUGCCCCAGGCUAGCCUCAGGUUCUCGCCAUUUGAACUGCUAUACGGGAGAAGAGUACGAGGACCACUGGCCAUCCUCAAGGAGUUGUGGUCGAACGAAGCCCUGAAGGAAGACAUGAAGACGACAUAUGGAUACAUCUUGGAACUAAGGGAAAAACUAGAGGAAACAUGCAAGCUGGCGCACGUAUGCCUGCAUGAAGCAAGGGAGAAGUAUAAGAAAUACUAUGACAGGAAGAGCUGCAACCGACAUAUGAAGCAAGGAGACCUGGCGCUCAUUCUGCUCCCCACCGAUCUGAACAAGAUGAUCAUGCAAUGGAAAGGUCCCUUCCCCGUAGUCGCAAGAAAGAAUGAUGUGGAUUACGAGUUAGACGUAGGAGGCAAGAAAAAGGUGUUUCACAUCAAUAUGCUUAAAAGAUAUGAAGAAAAAGAAGGAAGUCAACAAGGUAGACAACAUUGCGGUAUGGUAAUGGAUUCUCAAGAGAAAGAUGAAGUCGCAACCGAGCUAAGUAUUGAAGAUACAGAGGGGAUUCCUACGCCAAGCUGGACGAGGCAGCAAGGAUGGGAAGACGUCAACAUAAACGAACACUUGGAAUCCCAAAAGCGUGAUGAGGUACGAGAGCUGAUUGAGGACUUCAAAGAUAUAUUUUCGAACCUUCCAGGCAGGACGAGUCUGCUGACCUGUGACCUUCAACUGACCACGUCCCGACCAAUACAUGUGAAGCAGUACCCACUGCCGCUGUCGGUUCAGGAAACAGUCGAGCAAGAAAUCGACGAGAUGUUGGAGCUGGACGUGAUUGAGAGAUGCACCUCAUCGUACAACGCGCCAGUGGUAAUGUUGGGGGGUGUCAUGGUUGUGUGGAAGGAAGAACGUGAACGACGAAGUGACGGGUGCGAAAAAGGUGCGAAAAAGAGCACGAGCCGCGACUUUCGGCAGCUGCUUGAAGGAUCUGACCGGCUGUGUCCCGGUAUCAACGACCCGAACCAGAACCCGCCGCUACGCACGGUGUGA